AUGUUGAAGGUCUGUGAGAAGCUUCUCGAGGCGGACGUCAAGAGCAAGCGGCACGGCUUGGUGCGAACCGAGACAGACUACCUCCGCGCGUUACUGGAGGCCAUGGCGGACAUGGACAUGGCGGUGGAAGUGGAGGCGCUCAAAACUCUGGGCGACGUGAACUUGGAGAAGGGACGUCGACUCCGCGGGAAAGGUGUGAAGUUCAAGGACAAGGCUAUGGUGUUGUACAGGGCCGCCUUGCUCAGAUGCCAAGACGAAGAUGUGGCAGGAAGUCUUGAAAAUCGUAUCCGUUACGCAGAGAAACUUAGGUCUUGCGAUGAUCACCUGACGGAAGGGGACCGCGCACUGGCUGAUGGGAAGCUGGACACUGCAGAAAUGAAGUUUGCGUCAGCCCUGAGACAGAUUCACGAUCCCAACAAACCAGACCGCAGCAGGGAGGCCCACUGUCUGCGCAGACUCGGUGACGUGUACGUCCAGAGAGGCAAGAGAACGGAAGAGGGGAGAAAAUUCACCCAGGCAGCAGCCCUGUAUAACGCAGCCAUGGCCAGAACAGACAAAGGUACAGACACAAUACAGGCAAGCUUACGGGACGCAGAGAAAUGGUUUCUUCAUCACACAGCACAUGUGGACAGCAACCAGAGUCUUCCUGAUUCGGCCAUGCUUCACCAGAAGCGACUAGAAGACUUGCGCGCGCGCGCCAAGUCACAGCUAGAAGACAUAGAUCAGAAACACAAUCCGUAUCGGUAUGAUGAAGAUGACCCUAAGAUGAUACCAGAGGAGGCUGAGCGAGCUGAAGCGGUCAAGACUCUGUUCAAAACCAUCGCCAAGGAUAGACAGACAUUUAUCCGGGCACUAGUUGACGAAUGCAUCGCCACGCUCGGCCCUCCUCCGUGUAGGUACGCUUUCAUCGGGUUGGGAUCACAGGCAACAGAACUGGUGACGCCGUACUCCGACCUGGAGUUCGCCAUUCUGACUGAGGAGGGGAAGGAUGAUGAUGAUGAUACACGGAGGUACUUCCUAAACCUUACCCACUACCUACACCUGAAAGUCAUCAACCUGGGAGAGACCAUCCUCCCAGCCAUGGCCAUCCCGUCACUCAACGACUUCUACUCCGAGGACCCGGAGAAAAACUGGUUCUUCGACUCCGUCACGCCUCGUGGGUUCUCCUUCGACGGCUUCAUGCCGUGGGCUUGUAAGACACCUUUUGGAAGAGACAGAACCAAGACGAAAGAACCGGUAAGUCUCAUCCAGACUCCUGCUAAGAUGGCAGAGUUUCAGCAGCUGGAGGUUGCCCUGGCAGAAGGAUAUCACCUGUCAGACAUCCUCCGGCGGUUUGCAUUCUUAGCUGGUGAUGAGCCCUUGGUGAGAGAGUAUCAGGAAAGGCUCAAUGAAGUCGUCACAAAUGAUCUCGUUUCCGAUUCCAAGUCCCGAUUUUCCGCCAUGCAGAUCCUUCAGGAGAACAGAGAGAUGUUGUCCGCCCGGGAACCCACCGGAGAGCUGCUCAACGUCAAGAAAGACAUCUACCGUUUUCCCGGCAUAGCGAUGGAGGUUCUGGCCCUGUGUUGUCAGGUGAACCUGGCUAGUACGUGGGCUGUGAUAGACAGAUUGAGGGAGACCGGACAGGCACAAGAAGAGAACGCCGCCCACCUCACGGUUCUGACCGGUAUCUCGGCAGAGCUACGACUCAGAACGUACAUGGCCAACGGGGGACAAAAGGACAAUGGAACCCCACACCCCGACAUUGCUGCGGCACUUUCAAACCUUGGAAAUUGCUGGAGUGAUCUAGGCGAUCACCAAAAGGCAAAAAGGUACUUCGAACAGUCAUUGAAAAUGAGAAAAACUAUCUAUGGAGAGACGCCACAUGAGCACAUUGCCAACUCACUUGGGAGCCUUGGAUACUCUUGGAGUAGUCUUGGCGAUGAAAAGAUAGCACUUGACUACUACAAGCAGUCAAUAGCUAUGUAUAAAACUAUCUAUGGACAGAACACCAUUCAUCCAGCCAUUGCUUUGGAACUUAAUAACCUGGGAUUGUGUUACAGCAAUCUCGGCGAUCAGAAGAAAGCGGUUAGUUGCUAUGAACAGUCACUUAUGAUGAAGAAAGCAAUCUACGGAGUGACCACAUGCCAUCAGGACAUCGCAAUGUCCCAUCACAAUGUCGGACUAACUUGGACUAAGCUCGGCAACCACAAGAAGGCAAUAAUCUACUACGAAGAGACAUUAACGAUGUUGAAAGCUGUCUAUGGAAAGAAAACGCCACACCCUGAAAUUGCCAUCGUACUUUACAACAUUGGGGAAUCUUGGAGACUAUUAGGCGAUCACAGAAAAGCCGUCAGCUAUUUUGAACAGUUCAUAGCGAUGAAGAAAAUCAUCCAUGGAGGAGACGUAGCGCAGCCGAAAAUGGUUAUGGCAUUCAACAACCUGGGAUCGUGCUGGAGUGAACUAGGCGAUGAGCGGAAAGCAAUCAAGUACUUUGAACGCUCGCUGAGAAUGGCGAAAACUAUAUACGGAGAAAACAACGCACAUCCACACAUUGCCAAGAUACUCCACGAAUUUGGGCAGGUAUGGCGUAAAUUCGGCUAUCCAGAAAAGGCUAGUGAGUAUGAGAAACAGGCACGGUGUAUGGUGAUGUGACUUCGUAUCAGUACUAGUGGCAAUCUACGACUCAAAAUCCGCCCGCAAAAGCUCAUUUGGUGAAGGUAUACAAAAAA